GCUCUAGUCACGACGCCCUUAUCCUCCCAAUGUGACUGCUGCUCUCUGCUACGAGGUGGUAGGCAGGAAAACGCAGGCUUCAUAGCGUCUGUGCAUCGGCCGGGGAGUCGCGCGCUGCAUGGCGUCGCGUUCAUGCAAGGUGGGAGAGACAGAAGACUCCACGGCUUUGAGGAACCCGUCGGAAUGGAGGCUAUCGUGCGCCCUCUUGGUACACCCAAUUGGCUCCGCACUCCAAGGCCGACGAUUGGCUCAUUCAACUGGUUCUUCUGCGUCUGCCAAGAAUGAGGCUCUGCAAAGACAUGCUUCCUUAAAGGGAAGCAGCAAUUGUUCAGCUUGACGAGCAUGCCUUUCAACGGUGAUUCCAGUCGCUUGGUUUUUCUCGGAUACAGCCCUAACAUACCUGGCACAGUCGCCCUCCCCUUUAUCGUAUCUAUACUGAAUCUGUCGUUGAAGCAACACUCACCUUAUGAAACAGCAUUCGUCUCUGUUUGUCCAAAAUGCAACGGCUUCCCAUCGAGAUCUUGACCUACGUAACAAACUCGCUGGGAUUACACGACUUGUUUAAUCUCAGCCUAGUUUGUCGCCAGUUCAGAUACCUCGUGACCAACGAAGACAUUUGUCGGGCCGCGCUUGAGACAAAUGCCCCAUACUCUGCCGAUGUCGAAAAGGCCCGCUCCUCUAAGCUAUACGCCCAUUGCUUGCGGCGACUGGUCAAAAUCUGGAAUGCUGUCGCCACCGCCAUGCCAUACUCCGCCGCCGUCGUCGUUGCUGACGCGGAUGACUUCAUCUACAGCAACGGCAUGCUUUGCUACACUCAAAACAAUGGCACUCUUCGCCUCCUUCAUUUACAUGGAUCUGCGGACUCGGAGAUUGUUAUCGACAUCUAUCCGCUACUGUUGUCUAUCCCAGGACUAGCCAUCGAGGGUACCGAAUUCAAGUUUCGACUAGUGCACUUCGCGUGCGGGAUUAUAAGCUGUCUUUACAGCCCACCAAAGAAAAGAGCUCGAAGCCGUCUUAUUAUUAUAGACGUUCAGCAGAGGAGGCUUCUGACAUCUCAUCGUCUCGAAUCAACAUCCAAUUUGUUCGUGCGUAACAACAGGGAAUAUCUCUACUAUGGCACCCACUCGGUGACUAGAGAUAACGACUACAAAAGAUGGGGUUUGUGGCGAUUCGACAUCUGCAAGGAACAAUGGGCUGCAGACCACUUGGUUCUCGAGGACCUAGUCGGAUCUGACAUCGACUCUACCGUUUGCUUUGAAAUCAUCGACAAUCACUUUUACGGACUCUCAAGUCUAGAAACGUUUGACAUCUACGAAGCUGGAACGACCUCACACUAUUACGGAUUUCGUUUACCGGUGGGAAGUGUGGAGGCCAAGGACAUGCAGCUAACAUCGAAUGAUGCCAUGUGGCGCCGGGAACAGGAGGAGGGGCCCAUCGAUGACAGAUGGAGCACUUUAAAACUUGAAAAGGAUCAAGUCACUGGGAAUAUCAUGGUUUCCGAAUGCCGGAGAGAAUGGGUUGCCGACGACAAUUCAAGUUUGAGGACAUCGUAUCGGACAGAGCUCGUCUUUCCCAAUCAACGCAACCGUCCAAACGAUUCUGACUCCGGCUCCGACUCUGAAAGCGAUGCCGAAAGCAACGAGAUUUCAUCCACCCAUUCAUGCUCAUCCAGUACAACAGCCCCAGCCAAUCAACAGCGCAAGCCUUCAAUGUUUCACAGAGGUGACGAUAGCUCAACGACGCCAGCAAUAACUUUUAGUCAAUGCUUCUUACGUUCUUAUAAUCAUUACUGCGAAACGUUCAUCGACUUGUUCAACGACCCUGUGGCUUAUGACUCUAAUAUGCGAAGCCUACAGCUACGUUCAAUAUCUCGUUUCAGCCAUGCCAGAAACAACCACGGUCUGCAGCGUUCACCUGCGGACGGCUCGGGAGAAGGGGAUCCCCAGCCCUUUACGCCGAACAGGAUAUCAUGGUGGCCACCAAAGAACGACACAAGCCAGAAGAACUCGUUGCUCGCAGAGUUGGACAAAACUCUCAACCCCAAAGGCCAUGAUAUUACCACCCCUAUCAAAGGGUUCAUGGACGACCGCUCUAUGAUCUAUGCCGUCGAGCCACGGAAAUCCCAGAGUACGCGGCAGCUGGUCUUCAUCUCGUUCGAUCCUGCCAUUAGGCUUCCAAACCUCAAGAACUGGCCCGGUGGCCCAUCAAUGCCAGCGCGGACCCAGACGAAUACACUGGGGAACAAUGCGACAAGUACCUCUCCCUAUCCCACACCGCAGUCGCUGCCGGCCUCGGCGCCUGCCUCGGGGAACACCUGUUGCAGCGAGGGAUCAUAUCCUGGCCCAAGGCAUCCGUCACCCGGACAGUCAGACCUCCGCUGCCCAACUUGGAUAAGGAUAACUCCGGCUGCGUACACUCUCAGAAAGCCUUUCGGCUUCGACUUUGCAAACUACCAGUAGAAUUUUUCAUGCUAAGAGCCUGAGCAAUAUCAUUACGUUAUCCGAUAUUCAUCAGUGUCAUUUACGUCUACGCUGAGUCAGAGGGGCGACGCGGGCAAAAU